GUGAAAUCUGUCAAUCUCGUGAGCUCUUCUGAAUGACACAUGCCCCCUUUUUGCUUUCCAAAAUUCGUUCAUAUCUCACAGAAAUCCUCUAUUUAUUCAUCCAAAUUCCGAUCAAAAUCGUCAAAAUCGCAUCUAAUUUGUUCAAGUUUUAGCUUAUUCGUCGCCGGAAUCACUUAUGGGUGCGAUUGGGGUUUUCGUAAUGUGUUUUCUGGCGGCGAUUGCUUUGGUUGAUUGCUAUUAUGUAACGCCGUGGAGAAACGCUCACGCCACCUUCUACGGCGGCGGUGAUGCUUCCGGCACCAUGGGUGGGGCUUGUGGGUAUGGGAAUUUGUACAGUCAAGGGUAUGGUACAAAUACAGCUGCGUUAAGUACAAGUUUGUUUAACAAUGGAUUAAGCUGUGGAGCUUGUUAUGAGCUUAGAUGUGUGAAUGAUCCACGCUGGUGCCUUGCCGGAACGAUAGUGGUCACCGCCACCAAUUUCUGCCCGCCCGGAGGGUGGUGUGACCCCCCCAAUGCUCAUUUUGACUUAUCUCAGCCGGUGUUCCUUCACAUUGCUCGGUACCGUGCCGGAAUCGUUCCGGUUUCUUAUCGGAGGGUACCUUGCAGAAAAAGGGGCGGCAUCAGGUUUGCAGUGAACGGGCACUCCUACUUCAAUUUGGUGCUGAUCACAAACGUAGGGGGUGCAGGGGAUGUGAGACAUGCGUACAUAAAAGGCUCGAAAACCAGAUGGCAAGCAAUGUCAAGAAACUGGGGGCAAAAUUGGCAAAGUAACAGCUACCUAAACGGACAAAGCCUAUCUUUUAAGGUCACCACCAGUGAUGGUCGGAGUGUGGUUUCAUAUAACGUUGCCCCUCAUGGUUGGGCUUUUGGUCAAACGUUUUCUGGAGGGCAAUUUCGAUAAAAACCCUUGAAAGUAGAUUUUCGACACUGAUUAAUGGCGUUUAAAGAAAAUGUUGUAGCUUUACUGGAUCCAACUCAACUCCCAGCGUUAAUACGUUGGAAAUUGGUCUGGAUGCUUGUUUUAACAAGAUGUGUUGUUACCAAGUGUUAAUAUCUUGGAGAAAUUCGAUUGAAUAGGAGGUUUUAAUGGUGUAUGCGAAGCUUGAGUGUUUAGGAUCUUGGAAAUCUGGUCGAAUGACUAGUUUUGAUAGAUCUGGUCGUUUUAUAAUUCAGUUACAAUUUUUUGCAGUUAAUGUGUUAAUGGGUUUAUUGUAUGUAAAAUAAGAGGUUUGUGGUGCAAUUACCGAA